UCAGUAGUUUUCAAGGGAGCUUUUAAAGCUGAGCUGAAAUAUUUGAAAUGUGGAACACUCUUGACCAUGAAAUAUGUUCUACUUACAUGCCUCAGCCUCUAAAAGUUCUUUGCAUUACAGUCAGGGAUUACAUUCUUCCUGGAGCCAAGCGUGGGGCCAGCUGUGCAAAAGCCGGCGUCGCGUGCGCCCGGGGAGGCGGCCGGAGCGGACGAGGCUGCGCCCUGCGCCCUGCGCGCUGCACCCUGCGCCCUGCGCGCUGCACGCGCUGCACCCCGCGCCCUGCACCCCGCGCCCUGCACCCGGCGGCGGGGCCCCGGGGCGCAGGCCACGCUCCGCGCAGCAUGCGGGCGCCGCGCAGCGAUGACCGGCCCGCGCUCGCCGGGGCGGCUCCUGACCCGGCUGCUGGGCGCGCGCUGCGGCCCGCGGCUCCCUAAGCUGUGCGGCGGCCGGCGGCCCGGGGCGCGCAGGACCCUGCUGCUGGGCACGGCCUGCGCCCUCUACCUGGGCUUCCUGGUGAGCCAGGUGGGGCGCGCGGCCCCGCGGCCCCGGGACGCGGCGGGGAGGGCGCAGCCCCGGGGCGGCCGCGCGGCCGGAGCGCCCUUGGCCGAGGGCCCCUGGGCCGGCCCCGUCGGCGCCCCCGAGCCCCGGGGCGCGGGCUCCGCGCUGCCGCUCAACGUGGUGUACAUCACCCUGCGCUCCCGGCGCAGCAAGCCCGCGCACAUCCGCGGCACCGUGAGGCCCAAGCGCAGGAAGAAGCCCGCGCUGGCGUCGCCGGGCCCGGGCCGCGACGUCUCGGCCGCCCCGUCCCCCGGGCCGCGGCGCGCGGCCGCCCACGCGCCCCCCGGGGGUCGGACGCGGGGCUCGGGGGCGCCGGCCGGGGGCCGGGAGAGCGGCAUCCGGAUCUACAGCGAGAGCGCCCCCUCGUGGCUGAGCAGAGACGACAUCCUGAGGAUGCGCGCGCUGGCGGACGGCGCGCUGGCCCGGGCCCCGGGGGGCCGCGCGCACCUGCUGCUGCUGGGAGCCGGCGCCCCGGGCUCCGCGCGCCGCUGCGGCCCCCGCGCCUGCGGGCUGCUCCGGCGGCCCCUGGACCUCAGCGAGGUCUUCGCCUUCCACCUGGACAGGAUCCUGGGCCUCAACAGGACCCUGCCGGCCGUGGGCAGGAAAUCCGAGCUCAUCCAAGAUGGCCGCCCGUGCCCUCUCAUUCUCUGGGACUCAUCUUUAUCUCCAGCAAGUAACGAGACCCACUCUUCUGUUAAGCUCACCUGGGGAACUUACCAACAGUCGUUGAAACAGAAGUGCUGGCAAAAUGGUCGAGUACCCAAACCUGAAUGGGGUUGUACUGAAAUACAUCACCAUGAGUGGUCCAAGCUGGCACUCUUCGAUUUUUUGUUACAGAUUUAUAAUCGCUUAGAUACAAAUUGCUGUGGAUUCCGACCUCGAAAGGAAGAUGCCUGUGUACAGAAUGGACUGAGGCCAAAAUGUGACGACCAAGAUUCUGUGGCUCUGGCACACAUUAUCCAGCGAAAGCAUGACCCAAGGCAUUUGGUCUUCAUAGACAACAAGGGUUUUUUUGACAGGAGUGAGGAUAACUUAAACUUCAAAUUGUUAGAAGGCAUUAAAGAGUUUCCCGAAUCUGCAGUUUCUGUUUUGAAGAGCCAGCACUUACGGCAGAAACUCCUUCAGUCCCUGUUUCUUGAUAAAGUUUAUUGGGAGAGUCAAGGCGGUAGACAAGGAAUUGAAAAGCUCAUCGAUGUAAUAGAACAGAGAGCCAAAAUCCUUCUCACCUACAUCAAUGCACAUGGGGCCAAAGUAUUACCUAUGAAUGAAUAACAAAAGCAUCUUCUGGGUAUAAUACUAGGCAUAUUUAUGCAUUUUUUUUGUUUUUGUUUUCAAAUCACAUACACAAACCUCAAGCCUUUUUAGGAAUGAGGCAGUGUAGAUGAAUACAUAAAACGAAUGAAUUUAACCAAGUGUAUAUGAUCGGUCUGAGCACUAUAAGCAGACUUAAAACCUUUUAAAAAACAUACUGCUCCAAAGAUUUUUGUCCAUAUUUUCCUCUAACAUCAUGUCAUGCGAGUCUCAACAUCUGAUUACAGAAUGGUUGUAAUCAUUAUUUAGCUUUGUUAAAACAUUUGUGCCUUUUAACAGAACAGUGUAAACCAGAGGUACUGACUCCUUUAACAAAGCGUAUUUUAUGCCAUAUUGACUGGUCUGAUCAAGUACUGAUGGGAAUGGUUCUUGACAUUCUUCAGUUGCUGAUUGUUAAAACAGGGCCGUCCCAAUAUGACCCAGAGGAGGCAGUUCCAUAUUGGAAAACUGAGGCAUGUGAUCUACAAAAACACCAGCACACACAAUAAUUCUACACGAGAAAUGGUGGGUUAUUUGCAAAAACGCCGAUAUAUUCUAUCUGCAUAUGAUCGGCUAUCUCUGUGAGUCUGAGAAACAAAAAUCACAGUGUCACUUUUUUUUUUUUUAGAAAUUUGUUUUGUUUUCUGUUUUGAAACCAUCCAAGUAUGACGAUUUAUACAGUAGGUAGUUUUGCUUCCUCAGUUUUGGUCCAAUUUAUGUCUGGUGGCUUAGACAUUAAACAAUUUUAAGGUAUAAAUUAGCUUAUUUGAAACUAUACUUCUAGUGUGCCUUUUUUUAAUGGAUGCUCUUUGAAAAAAUGUCAUUUUUACAAAGGAUAUACUAUAGUUUUGUAUAUUUUCUUAAUAAUAGGGGAUUUCUUUAGAUUUGUUCUAAUUAUAUUUAAACUGACUUAAAUGAUGUUGCUGAGAUAUUGACAAUAGAACCAGAUACCGAGUGCAUUUAGAUAUGUUGUUUGGCUUAUCCUAAUAUGAAAAAUAUGAACAAAAUAAAUUGAAACCUGACUCUU